GCCGAUACUUUUUGGCUGUUUCUACUUUUUGUAUGGCAGAGCAGGUUCUUGGUUGAGUGACGACUCCUCAUUGUUUUCGGGCCGAUAGUAAGUUUGGAAAUCAUAUGUGAAUUUUUCGCAUGGAUGGCUCUCGAUCCGGUACUAGUGUAAGACAGACCCAUGCUGAGAGCGCGCAAGCGCUGACCGCCGUCGGCGGAUUACAGUAGCAGAUAUAGUCGAGGUCCGGAACAAGAAAUAUCAUGAAUAAAAUUUUAGCGAAUCAUAAGCAGUUAUAAUUGGCGCAAGAAUUAUGAUGGACGUAUCGGAGCCGGGCCGCGGCAUGGCCGCGGAGGAAAGCCAGGACUCCGCGUUGCAGUGGGGCGCGUUGACCGAGAGCAUAUUGAGCACGCCGAGCCACUUUGCCGACAUGGAGAAUUACGAGGGCACGUUCGAGUACCUCCGGGACGAGUGCCGCGUGCUGGUAAUCGGGGCUGGGGGUCUCGGCUGCGAAAUUUUGAAGGAUUUAGCGUACUCCGGGUUUCGGCAGAUCGAUGUCAUAGAUUUGGACACGAUCGACAUCUCCAACUUGAACCGGCAGUUCCUCUUCCAGCAGCGGCACGUGGGGCAGUACAAGGCGGACGUGGCGGCCGAGGCGAUCAACGAGCGCCUGGGCCGGGACUACGUGUGUGUCACACCACACGUGGGAAAAAUCCAAAGCAAAGACCCAAGCUUCUACCGCCAGUUCAAUCUAAUCAUUGCAGGACUAGACAACAUAGAGGCGCGGCGCUGGAUCAACAACCUCGUGCAUAGCCUUGUGGAGCGCGACCCGGAGACCGGAGAACCGGACCUGUCUACCACAAUACCGCUGUUAGACGGGGGUACGAAAUAUUAAGCAAGCGAAUCCCAUUCUGGUCCCUGGUGGUAUGGUUGCCAAAGUUUUUUUUUGCAAUUUUUACGUACUUUCUGCAAAAAUACAGAAAAGUUCUUCUUGGAAAAAACAAAUGGGGGCAAACCAAAUUUGAGCGCCCACACGCCGUGGUGACGCGAUAAGUAGCACAACUGCGCACGCAAGAACAGGGACGGGUCGGGUAGGAGCUGUCCUUUGCAUAAACCGCACGGAAGGUCUUCGGGGGCAGGCUCGGCUGAUAAUGCCCACACAGACAUCGUGCUUCGAGUGCAGUUUGGACAUGUUUCCGCCCCAGGUAAACUUUCCCCUCUGUACCAUCGCGGAGACGCCCCGCCUUCCCGAGCACUGCAUUGAGUACGCGUUGGUCAUACUGUGGGACCGGGUGUUCGGGGAAAAACGAACCACACACACGGUAACCGCCGCGAGUGCAGCACCCCCGGAGCGGCAAGCGGAACAGCCCGAGACGGGGGUCGUGCCAGAAGGGACUACUAGCGACAGCCGGCAGCAGCGUGAAGCUGGACAAGAAGGUCGUGGAGAAGACGAGGCCCACAGGAGCAAGGUGUCGGCGGAAAUCGAGGCGCUGACCAAGGAGAUCGCAGCCCUGCAGAAGAAGAUCCUGCCGGGCGAAACCACCAGUACCAGCGCGGCCGCUGUGGCACUGGACAAAGACUCGCCGGUGCACAUGCAGUGGCUGUACAAGCAGGCGCUGCGACGCGGGCUCCAAUUCGGGAUCGCGGGCGUGACGUACCAGCUGACCAUGGGCGUGGUGAAGCGGAUCAUUCCCGCGGUGGCCUCCACGAACGCGAUCAUUUCGGCUGCGCUGGUGCAGGAGGCUCUGAAGGUGUCCGUGUACUGCAGCGGCACCGUGCUGGACAAUUAUUUCAUGUACAUGGGCCACGACGGGCUUUACAGCCAUACCUUCCGCUACGAGAAAAAGCCCGACUGCCUGGUGUGCAGCGACGCCGCCAUCAAGGCGCAGACGGUGCUUGAGGUACCGAUGCGGAAGACCGACACGCUGGCGGAGCUGCUCACGAGACUGGGCGAGAUGCCGCAACUGCAGCUGAAGAGGCCCUCGAUAACCACCUCCGCCGGAAUCGUGUUCUUGCAGAACCCGCCGUCUUUGCGCCGCGAGCACGAGUACAAGCUGCACAAAAGCUUGUCGCAACUGGUCGAGUUCGGGGUCUUCAAGGAAAAGGAGCCCUUGUUUGUCACUGACCCACAGUGCCUGCCCUCGUGCAACAUCAAAAUUCAGGUCGUGCUUACAUAAAGAUAAAACUCUUGUCACAUCAUUGCGUAUGGAGGAGCGCCCUCCCACUCAUUUUAUUGAGUUGGUGCUAGGGCGGGUGGGAAUUUUUUACGCGUUAGGGAAUGCAGGUUCGGACGACGAUGUACGAAGCCGAUGUACGAAGCCGAUUGUUAUCGAUUUUGGUUCCGCUUAAAGGAAGAUGAUGAUGUGGCCAGGACGAUGAAGUUCAUUCCGAGAUGAAUUUUCCUUCUCCUCAGAGGAUGACACAAGCUCGUGCUCGUCUAAGAAGUUCUGAAAAUGUGUGGUCUCCUGGCGAAGUAGUCGGUGCGCGAUCGCCUCUUGCCG